UGCCCUUCUUUAGCCGUGACGACGAUCACGCCUACGAUCAGAAGUCCUGAGCUAAGCUGGCGCCAGUUACGAGGAUCGUACGCGCGACGCGCAGAACAAGUUGCCGAUUGAAAACGAAAGAGUAGCAAGAAUGCAAAGGGAGGAACGUGAUAGUGACCACCCCCUCUUCGUUUGUACAGAUAGUGGUAGUCAUGAGCGCGUUCGCUCUUCAUUCUGACCGACUCGGUGGCCUUUAGUCGACCAGGCAAACCUAUCGAGCGAAGAAGUAAGAAGACUCUCCGCGUGUGCCAAGCGGAUAGAAGCUUGAAUGUGACCGAGAAUGCAGCCCGGAACGAGACGCGAGAGAUUCUAUUCGCCGAUAAUAGUGCUACUGUUGUUCCUAUGUUUGAUCGACUGUACCGCCGCUACGUGGAAAAGGCGGGAGGACAAGACCAAGUGUCCCAAAGUAAAGGGCAUACGAAAUUUUGACAUAUCCGAGUUUCUUGGAUCGUGGUACAUAGUGCAGUAUUAUGCAAGCUCGGAGGAAGCACUCGCAUAUAGAUGCAUGCGAGCCGAAUUGUCGAUUUCGCCUGAAAGCACAGAGGUUACCAUGAAUUUCACUUACAGUUUCACCGAUGAUCCGAUUAAUGAGCAACUUGUCGGCAACAUCACUUGGAAGAUUCCUUCUCCAGAAUUACCUGCUCAUUGGGUACACGCUGAAUAUCCGUAUGAGGGCGUGUACAAUACAUACGUACUUGAUUCGGACUACAAAUCGUGGGCAUUACUAAUGCAUUGCGCGGAACAGAGUAAAAGUCCUCGAUAUUUAUCGAGCUUCAUUAUGAGUCGAGAGCCAAGUCUUGGAGCUAACGUUAUUUCUUAUCUUCGCGAGAAAUUGCCCAGGUAUGAUAUCGAUCUGGAGUACAUGUUUGCUAUGGACCAGAAUCAGUGUAACAAGACAGAAACUUCCGGAAUGGACCUGCUUCUCCCACCUUCGAUAAUACUUAAAAGAAAUAACAUGACACGGAAACAUCCACUGAAAAGGAAGCAUCGACGUAUUUGAAUUUAACAUGGAAUUGUUGUUUAAAUAGCAAACUAUCCUAAACAUAGAGGAAGGCUGGAAUAUUUCUGUAUCACGUCGAGGAACAAAACGUUCAGAAGAAGUACAUUACACGUCAAAAUGAAUAAAACAAUCCUCCAUUAUACAAAAUUGGUUCUACAAAAAGUUUCGCGAAUCGAACUGCGUGGGCUCGUUCGAUUGAAAAUUGCAAUUUCAUUAUUUGUAACCACGCACGAUCAAUCAUUGAAACACUCAACUUUCGUAAUCAUUCGUUCCAUCGCUGGAGAGAUGAAGAGAGAAAGAAAGAAACAGAGAAAAAAAACACGCAGAAUGAACUUGGUAGAUUUCUCGUGAACCAGUAUCGCACGAUAGACAUGACUGACAUCGAACGAUACUACAUGCUCCAUUGAAAAUCUGCGCACAUCUAACAACACAUACAUGACAUCAUAUUCACCAGCACAUUUGUUUCAUGGCAGCAGCGAGAGUAGUGGAGAUUAAUCGGAGAAUCAAACAUGACAGGGGUUGAUAAUGGAUACAGUAAGGCAAUGGUAAAAACGCGGCGAAAAUAUUUCGUUUUCCGUUCUGAAUAUCAGACAGAAUGCGAUCUGCUGGAACCUAUAAUUACCCUGAACUCGUUCGAUGCUAGACUACAUGAUGAGAGAGAGAGAGAGAAAAAAGAACGUUCUUUUACUGCUGCAGUCAUAUCACAGAAGUUAAUUACGGCUGCUUUCCGUGUUUUAUCCUUUAUGCGAUCAAAUCCUCUUGACAGUCAGGUUUGAUCUCGUUACGAGAUAGCCAGGGAAAAUUGGUGAAAAUAUGUGUAUUUCAGAAAAUAUUUAAAUUUGAUGUUAACAGGGUGAAAUUAUUUAUACUGUUGUUUUAAGUAAUAAAAUUAAGUGGAAAUAAAUGUUGUACGACUUGAUAAUAUACAAGCAACAUGAUGAAUACUUUAGACCUAUUAGUAAAUUCACGUUUAUUAAUUACGAUAUUAAACGUUAAAAUGCACAACUAUAUUAUGAACCCUCAGUAACUACUUCUUUCUGUAGUAUAAUUAGAAAAUUACAGAGGAACACAUGAGAAUACAUAUAAAUUUUCCUGUUCGGGAUCGGCCAAAAAAUCAUAGAAAUAAAGGGUAAAGAAUUUAUUUUAAUUCGUUUCAACAACAACCAAAUUCUUGAGAAUGAAAUUACGCUGUUUAUAAUGGACCAUGAUUAGAGAUAGUAUAUAUUUUAAAUAGAUAAAAAGACCAUAUUUUGUUUAUAAAAAAAUACUAUAAAUUUGAAGAAAAGAUGUCUCUAUAUCAAACAUGUGCUUAUAAGCUACAAAUCAAUAGAAAAUUGUAUGAUAGCCGCUGCAGGUUAAUUUCAAACAUAAAAAGAUUAACUCAAAAACUGCAUUUCUGAUGAUAAUUAUUAAAUAUUCAUAUUAUUAUAGCGUAACAAAUGAAAUGCCCAAUUCUGUUAUAUUACCUUUCUAUACGUUUUCUUAUAGUAGUUAUUUUUAUCUUUGUAUCUUA